AUGUUAAGAUCAACUUUAAGCAGUUGGAGAGAAUACCUAACUCCUAUAUCUAACAAAUCUACUUUUUUAUCCACAGGGCAAAUAACACCAGAUGAAUUUGUUCAGGCAGGAGACUAUUUGGUGCAUAUGUUUCCUACGUGGUCUUGGAAUGGUUCAAUGGCGAUUAAUGACUUAUCGAUAAGAGACUUUCUCCCCGAAGACAAACAAUUUUUAGUUAGUAGGAAAGUUCCUUCAACAGUUAGGGCUCAAGAUUUAUUUAAUAUAGAUUAUAAUGAUGAACUAGAUGAUGGUGAUGAGCAUGAGGUAGAAAUUAAACAAAUGGAGACGGAUAUCACUAAAUCCAAGGACGAAGAAAUGGUGUCUUCUUCUGUAGAUUCAACUAUUAAACAAGUUGAUGAUAUUGAUGACAUGUUAAAGAAUAUGGAACUUGAUGAAGCUGAAGAUGGAGAUGAUGAAAUUAUUAUAAAAACUGAAGAUAACUCCGAAGAUCAAAAAAGAUACUAUGAUCUUUACAUUACUUAUUCGACAUCAUAUAGGGUUCCUAAAAUGUACAUAGUAGGGUUUAACGCUCAAGGCACACCAUUGACUCCCGAUGAAAUGUUUGAAGAUAUCGCAUUAGACUAUAGACAUAAAACUGCUACAAUUGAAAAAUUACCUUUCUUUAAAGAUACAGUCUUAUCUGUAUCAAUUCACCCUUGUAAACAUGCAAACGUUAUGAAGAUACUAUUAGAGAAGAUAAGGAAAGUCAAUGAGAGAAAGAGAUUAGAAAAUAAAAACGAUAAUAUAGAGACCAAGCCAAAUCAAGAUGAGGAUGACUGGGAAGAUCUACAAGAUGAUAUUAAUGAUACUCUAAGAGUGGAUCAAUAUCUAAUUGUAUUUCUGAAAUUCAUUACCAGCGUUACACCAAGUAUACAACAUGAUUAUACUAUGGACGGUUGGUAG